CCGCUCAGCCCGCUACCCCCCGCCGCCGCCCCGCCUCCCCCGGGGCCCGGCCCCGCCAUCAUGCGCGGUCCCAGCCCGGUUCCUGCCGCCGCCGCCGCUGCCGCCGCCCCGGGAUACCGGCCCAUGGGCCCGGCCGCCGCGCAGUACCAGCGCCCCGGGAUGCCGCCCGGCAGCAGGAUGCCCAUGGCAGGCCUGCAGGUGGGACCACCAGGAGCCCCCCCAUAUGGAGCAGCCUCCCCAAUGAGACCCGGCCUGCCACAGUCCAUGAUGGAUCCCUUCAGGAAGCGCCUGCUGACCCCCCAGGCACAGCCCCCGCUGGCCACACAGAGGAGAGGGGUGAAGAGGAGGAAGAUGGCUGACAAGGUGCUGCCACAGAGGAUCCGGGAACUGGUCCCAGAAUCCCAGGCCUACAUGGACCUCCUCGCCUUUGAGCGCAAGCUGGACCAAACCAUCGCUCGGAAGAGGAUGGAGAUUCAGGAGGCCAUUAAGAAGCCACUGACGCAAAAACGGAAGCUGAGGAUUUACAUCUCCAACACUUUCACCCCAGCCAAAGAAGAAGGAGAGGGUGGGGAGCGUGUGGCCUCCUGGGAGCUGCGUGUGGAGGGCAAACUGCUGGAGGAUCCAAGCAAGCAGAAGAGGAAGUUCUCCUCCUUUUUCAAGAGCCUCGUCAUAGAGCUGGACAAAGAGCUGUAUGGGCCAGACAACCAUCUGGUGGAGUGGCACCGGCUGCCCACGACCCAGGAGACCGACGGCUUCCAAGUGAAGCGUCCCGGCGAUGUCAAUGUGAAAUGCACUCUGCUGCUCAUGCUGGAUCACCAGCCUCCGCAGUACAAACUGGACCCUCGCCUGGCUCGCCUGCUUGGGGUGCACACCCAGACCCGCGCCAGCAUCAUGCAGGCGCUCUGGCUCUACAUCAAGCACAACAAGCUGCAGGACAGCCACGAGAAGGAGUACAUCAACUGCAACCGCUACUUCCGCCAGAUCUUCAACUGCAUCCGCAUGCGCUUCUCUGAGAUCCCCAUGAAGCUGGCGGGGCUCCUGCAGCACCCCGAUCCCAUCAUCAUCAACCACACUAUCAGCGUGGACCCCAAUGACCAGAAGAAGACUGCGUGCUAUGACAUUGAUGUGGAGGUGGACGAUCCCCUGAAGGCUCAGAUGAGCAACUUCCUGGCUUCCACCACCAACCAGCAGGAGAUCGCCUCGCUGGAUGCCAAGAUCCAUGAGACCAUUGAAUCCAUCAACCAGCUGAAGACGCAGCGCGAUUUCAUGCUGAGCUUCAGCAACAACCCCCAGGAUUUCAUCCAGGAAUGGAUCAAAUCCCAGAGGAGGGACCUCAAGAUCAUAACGGAUGUGAUUGGGAACCCCGAGGAGGAGCGGCGAGCUGAGUUCUACCAGCAGCCCUGGGCGCAGGAGGCUGUGGGCAGACACAUCUUUGCCAAGGUCCAGCAGCGUCGGCAGGAACUGGAACAAGUGCUCGGGAUCCGCCUCACCUAAAGGGGCCGGCGGGGGCUCGGGAGCUCCUUCUCUCGCUGCUGCCUGAGCCUGAUGGUACUUACUGGAAUCAAACAGCACUUGCACAAACCCGACGUGCCUGGAGGGACUCGGAGCCACCCCUGGGCUCCCCAGGCA